UGAUAGUAAUUUACUUCAGUAUUCUUUCUAGUCAGCGGCAGAUUUACGCAGCAAAGAAAGAAAAGAGCACAGGGAAAGUGAUUAUAUCCGUGAAACAAGUCAAGGAUUUGACAUUUGACUAUUUUCACACAAAUUAUUGUUUUGAAAGGUUGCAUGGCGUGGUCAUCAUGGAGUGGCGGCUGCAAAGAGUGUGGACAGAAUCGCCAAAGAGUGGAAUUUAACUGCUCAAGAACUCAGGAAUCGCGGCCCUGCAAAUGUCCUCCUGAAAUGAAUUCUCUUCGAGAGAAGUCUGUCAAAUUGAAUCUAACCCUUCAAUUGAAAUGCCAUGUGAAGGGUUUUCCUACACCAGAGGUAAAUUGGACAAAAGAUGGAAAGUUACUUGAUACCAAGAACACGCUCAAGCUUAAUCAAGUGAGUUAUGAAGACGCUGGUCAAUACACAUGCAGCGCUAAGAACACUGAAGAGAAAAUGGAAGCAGCUUUUCAGAUUACAGUUACAG